CGUCGUUGUAAGCUUCAUAAAGGCGUUUGUCGCGCCAAGAGGUAACACGCAAACUGUUGGUUGUGUGUAGCCAGUAUCACAUCGUUUUGAGCUUUAUACGCUAUUUUUAUAUUUCUGCGUGUUUUGUAUUCUCGUAUACUCUUCCCUGUGAUGCCUACUAGUCUAUUUACCGAGAUGGAACGCACCGGCGGUGGUUUAGAAGACCAAAGAGCUCUACAAAUAGCACUUGAACUGUCUAUGCUUGGUUUGAACGAAUCCGGCAGUACAAAUGGCGAAGAAGAUUCUAUGUCAACCAACUUUGGUGAUCGCAACAGGAAAAGCUCAAACAUGACCGAGUGUGUGCCUGUACCAAGCUCUGAACAUGUUGCAGAGAUUGUUGGACGACAGGGUUGCAAAAUCAAAGCGCUGCGAGCGAAGACCAACACGUACAUCAAGACGCCGGUGCGCGGCGAGGAGCCCGUCUUCGUCGUCACCGGCCGCAAGGAGGACGUCAACGCCGCCAAGCGCGAGAUCCUGUCCGCCGCCGACCACUUCAGCCAGAUCCGCGCCUCGCGCAAGAACGGCAUGAGCGGUGGCGGAAACGGCGGCGGCGGCAUGGGCGUCGGCGGCGGCGGUCUGAGCGGCGGCAGCGGCGGCGGCCCGCCGACCCCGAGCGCGCCGGGCCAGACGACGAUCCAGGUGCGCGUGCCGUACCGCGUCGUCGGCCUCGUCGUCGGCCCGAAGGGAGCGACGAUCAAGCGCAUCCAGCAGCAGACGCACACGUACAUCGUGACGCCGAGCCGCGACAAGGAGCCAGUCUUCGAGGUGACCGGCCUGCCGGACAACGUCGAGAGCGCGCGCCGCGAGAUCGAGGCGCACAUCGCCGCGCGCACGGGCGGCGCGCCCGACGGCGGCGACGACGGAGGCGGCGGCGAUUACCACGGCAACGGCAUGAGCAAUGGUAGCGACACGUACGCCGGCGGCGGCGGCGGCAGCGACCUCGUCGGGGGCAUCUACAAGCCCGGCUCCACCAACUCUGCCUUCACCUCCUACCGAGAUAGCAAUAAUAUCUUCAGCCCGUCGUCGACGCAGGACGCGAGCAUCUUCACGUUUCCCGGCAUCAACGGCGUCUCGACGAAGCUCGCCGGCAACGGCGGAUUCGGCGCCGGCGACUCGUUCGGCGGCGGCGGCGGAUUCGGCAUGUACGACAACGACGAGGGCAUCGGGUCGCCGAGCUUCGACCCCGUGCAGACGACGGCGACGAGCAUGUGGCCUGCAGGCGCCGUGACGCUGUUCGGCAGCACGAGCACGAGCAGCAGCUUCCUGCAGCGCAGCAGCAGCCUCGGCAACGGCGGCGGCAGCGGCGCGAGCCCGCAGCGUCUGUCGCCGACGUCGCUCAUCGACGUGGAUCCGCCGCACCAGCCCGCGCGGCGCCUGCACAGCGACCCGAUGAGCAGCGGCGGAGGCGGAGGCGGCGGCGGCGGGGGCAUGGCCGGCCUGCCGUCGUUCACACCCUUGCCAAAUGGUAACGUCAAGUUCCACCACUCUUCAAGUGCCAACGGCAGCAUGUCGAGCAGUCCGACCGACUCGACGGGCUCGCGGCGCAAGAGCGGCCGCGACUGCAUCGUCUGUUUCGACAGUGAGGUGGUCGCGGCGCUCGUGCCGUGCGGCCACAACCUGUUCUGCAUGGAGUGCGCGAGCCGCAUGUGUGACAAGCCGGACGCCGAGUGCCCCGUCUGUCACAACCCCGUCUCUCAGGCCCUGCGCAUAUUUUCGUAACUUCUCCCCGCCGCCCUCGCGCGCCCCUCCUUCCGCGCACGUUUCCCCCGCCCUCGGCCGUUCUGGUCCUUCCCUCUGCCCCUUUCCCCCCGCCCCCGCCCAAGAUCGCGUUCUCGAACCAUGCACAUAAUUGAGAUUAACCUUGUUGCUUCUUGCCCCCUGCCUCCCAGACUUCUCCCCCUUCUGUCCCCCUUAAAGGCAUCUGUUUUGCGCAAAGGGUUCCCGCUCUCGCCCGGACCGGCUGUUGAUAAUAUUCAGAGCAUAUAAAUUUCUACAUGCAUCGAAAAAGUAAGAAUGAACACAAUGAAAAGAUCUAUACGUUACUUAUAGCUGGGAAAAGCUUUAUUGCAUGCCAGUCGCCGAUGGUCAGAGUCUGUCGGACAAACGUCAUACAGUCAAGAGUACUUUAGUUUGCUAGGCAAAUGUUGACCACUGGUGAUAGGAAUGGCCUAAAAAUUGCCAUUUUGUAUCUCAUUCAUAGUGACGUCACUAAUUGCGUUCAGCAACGAAUGCAUAUGGCAUUCAGCUUGGAAUGCAUAUGUUAUGAGAUUUAGUUUAAUAUAUUUUACCCAGCAGAUGUUUUAUAGUCAAAAGUACUUUAUUUUAUUCUAUAUAAAUGAUAAGAGCCCAGAGAUGGGACUUUGUAUGUGAUCAAAAGACACCAGAGAAAACAGAGUAAAAAAAGCUUUCGUACCGCAUUUGUAUAGUAGCGACCGACUUGUAUGAUUUGUUGCACAUGUUAGUUUAGUAUUUCUAUUUUAAUAUAUUAUUUACUACCGUUUGUGUAUAUGUAGGUGUGAUGACAGAAUCUACAGAAUUUUAUUUUGGAGCCAAACAGGCCUGGUGUACCGAUAUGUAUCUGCUGACAUUAUAAGAAAAUUAUUGUUUUAUUUUUCUGCUCUUGAUAAGUAGGGAAGACGUUUUCUUCAGUAAAUAUUUUGUUACACACUGCUUAUGUUAUGCUUCUGGCGGGCGCGCGCCGUUUUGCCUCCCGCACCAAACCCCUGCAACGACCGCCUUCCUGGCUACUGCAGGCCAGCAACGCGGCGGGCUGCACGGCACACGCGCGCCAGAUUUUGUGUUAAAUUUAUUUUGCCAAAUAGUCUUCCACCUUGUCGGAUGUGUUUAUUAAGCAUCUCAAAUCACAGAGACAGGAAAUAGCAAGAUACUGUGUCCCUGAGUACGAUUGUGUGGUACUGUCGUGGGUGCAGAUUGCAUUAAUUGGUGCAUUCGAAAGCUGUAUAACCCUAUUUAGCACAAGCUUCAUAAAUAUAUAAUUGUAUAUGUAUAUCAUAUCCAGCACGUUUGUGACAUAUGUAGUUUAUUCUGUAUAUGCACAGUUUACAAGACAAUAUGAUAGUCGCCGUAUUAAUGCAAGAAACCAAAAAAUUGGAACAUUGCGAAUUAAUCAGGGAGGCGGAGUGCAUUAGGUUGAAUGCAGCUGGCUCAAAUAUUUAUAUUACGCAAUAAUCAAAAUUUAUGCAAAGUAUGUCUCAGUGUGUAUGGGCUGCCUAGUGCGUUCUAUAAAAAAGUGUGGUAUUGUAAGUUCGUAAAUGAUUGAAUGUUCCGUAUCAAACUGCGUGCGUGCGCGUGCUGUGUCCGUCGUCGUCGUCGUCGUCAUCGUUGUCGUAUCGCCGUGCGACUAAGGUGUUGCAAUUCAGGUGUUGUGUCGAUGUGUAAGUUGUGGUAGAGAAGUAAAGCAUUUUGUCAGAAUAGCUACAUGCCGACGCAUUCGCCGGACGCCCGCUCGUACGUGCUGUAUCCCAACGCGCCGAUCUCCGGGUGGCGGCGACACCUGCUGGCGACGGCCUCCGGUGGCGCCCCUAUAGUGGCGCGCUCGGGUUGUGAGGGCUUCUGCCCGCCUCUCUCGCACGCGGCCAUCAUGCCAGUACAGCACGGGAAGCUAUGUAUGUGUGCGUGUGCGUGUACGUGUGCGUGUGGCUCGAGUUGAAAUCCCGGUUUGUGACACGCGCUGCUCGUGAGGGUUAGUGACUGCGAGGUGAAAUCGAAUGCACCUGGGCUCCGUAUAUAUUAAUCACCAAGGCCGCUGUACUGUUGUGAAUCAUAUCUGUAGGGAAGGAAACAAGAGCGAGCGAGUGAACGCGUGUGUGCGCGGGAGCGAGAGCGUGAGCGUGAGAGAGAGAGAGAGAGUGCGAGUGUGAGAAAGCUGGUUCUUGUGUAUUGGCAUAAUGAUGAGAUAUAUAUAUAUAUAUAUGUUUCUCGCAGAAAUUCUCCACCAGCGUGAGCGCCGCUCAACUCGCGCGCGUGCGUGCGGGCGUUGUUGAGCGCGCGCGUGUCUAAUUCUGUGUGCGUGCGUGUGUGUGUCUGUGCGUGUGAAGAUCUCAGUCGGAUCAUCAGUCGCUGCUGCUGAAUUCGUUUUAAUUCCCUCUCUCUCUCAUCAGUUCUUCAUAUUCUUGCCUUUUUCUAGGGUGAUGAUACUAUUGUACACGUGUUUAGAAGAGUAUUUAAGCUGCAGACUACGCGUUUUUUAUCGUGCGAGCGGAGACAUAUAUGAAUUUUUGAGGGGCGCAUUCAGCGAGGUUCGGGGCGCCGACGUCACGUGCACGGACGCGCUCCGCAUCUCGCCCGCGCGUAUAAAUUAUGAUAAUAAUAAAGUCGAGAGAAAGUUUAAUCAAUUAUCAAUUCAGUCGAGAAUGACGGCGAUGCUCCUUGGUGUUCGCAGACUUCGUGCACGCGCGCGUGCGUGCGAGAUCUGUUAGAUUUGUCGCUGCAGGCACGCGCGCGCGUGUGUGCACCCCGCGUCCCUGCCGUCGGAAUGCAAUGCUUUCUCUUUGUUGAAGCUGGUUUGAGAGAUUCUUCUAUCUUACAACGUUGUCAAAAAUAUGCAAUACUGUUGUGCUUUUAGACAUAUUCAAGUCAUCAAAUGGCUUUUAGUUUCUCAUGUGUUCCAGGGUUGUGUAACUAUGGUUUGUUGGCCGUGUUCCCAACGAGAUAAUGAUAAAAUAUUAUAGUUCCAUGCUGAAUAAUAAUUUCCAUAUAUUUUUAUUAUUCAUGUUUAUUAUCCUAUGAACAAAUGUAUUUUGGAGUUUAAAGAUUACCUCUUUUGUGUGAGAGUUUAAACGUACUUAAAAAUAAUAAUAUAUGUUAAUUUUUCAUCAAAUA